AUGGAAAAUGUUCUCCAAAAACAGAUUUCACACCAAGAGGCCUCUUCAUUAGACGAAAGUGACAUGUCCAACGAGAGCUUUGAGGAAUCCAACAUGCACAAUUACAUCUUCGAUUUUACUGUGUAUGCACACGUGGGGCAGCUGAGAGCUGCAAGCAUUGGACUUCCUUUGACUGUAAUUGCCAUCUUUGCAGUUUAUCUUCUGAUAAAAAAAGAUCACGUCACUCCAGUCUACAUCAUCAACCUUCUUCUUUCUGAUCUGAUUCAGCUCUGCUGCAUGGUUGCAGAGAACUUAGUUAAUGGUAAUCUUAUCGUCCAUUACACCUACUUUUAUGCUUUGAUGGUCAGCAUAGGAUUCAUGGUGUGUGUCUCUUUGGAAAGGUAUUUAGCCGUUGCCUGGCCGUUGUGGUAUCGCUUCAGGCGAGACAUCAAGACUUCUCUGGUGGUUUGCAUUGUCAUCUGGAUGCUUCCUACUUUCUUCAUCCUUUUCAUUUUAUUAAAGUUGGGUUUUCAGGUGGUCGGAUUCUUCUGUGCCGUCUUCCUCAUCCUGCCAUUGCCUCUGCUGACGUUCUUCCUGGUUGGGACCAUUAAAGCCUUGUCUGCAGCCCACAGUGUGUCUGCUGAUGAAAAACGGAGAAUCUUGGCUAUUCUGGUUGUUGUGCUCCUUACUUACACAGUUUUAUUCUUUCCCAGUAUCAUUUGGUUUUUGGUCAAUGAAACCAGAAAUCUGAAUGUUUUUAGCAAUAUAACAUUCAUAUUGCAGUCGUUUAGUCCUCUUGCUGAUUUGACUAUGUACCUUUUCAUCAGGAAAAGUGCAAUAGACAAACUUCUGAUCUCAAUUUGUUGUUGCAAAAUGUCUGAUGAGCAACAGAGGGGCAACACCAGUACAGACAGGCCAGAUGUUUCGACAGACCAGGAAGUAUAA